CUGUUUACCUUGUGGUGGUGCGCACAUUGCAUAUCGCUGCGGGAUAAAAACUGGAGAAGAAAAUAACUUGACAUUUGAAGUUGUAUUUAGCUGCAAUUCUUAUUUGCUAUGUUUGAUUGAUUUUUCUGCAUGGUUGUGAGCUAACAGGCUGCCCUGUUGUGCAGACAGAUCGGCACCAGAGAUGACUUCUUUGCUAAAUUUUACACCACCGAUUGUCAAACGUCUUGUAGGCCACAAAAUCACGAGUGACUCUGACGAUAAGUGGGAUGAGAAGGCUGUUAAAAGUUUGGUUAAAAAGCUCAAGAAAAACGGAGGACUGGAGAUAUUGGAAAAUGCCAUUACAAAGCCUGGAACUCCAACAAGCUGUGUUACAAUUCCUAGAAGCCUUGAUGGUCGUCUCCAGAUUUCCCAUCGUAAAGGUCUUCCCCAUGUUAUCUACUGCAAGCUCUGGAGGUGGCCAGAUUUACAGUCCCACCAUGAAUUGAGAGCGAUUGACCUGUGUGAAUAUGCAUUCCACCUCAAGAAGAAACUCGUUUGUGUCAAUCCUUACCAUUACCAACGAGUGGAAACACCAGUUCUCCCUCCUGUUUUGGUGCCAAGGCAACAAGAAUUGCCCACAAAAGUGCCUGAAACCCCAUCUUUGGACGAUCUUGGUCGCCCAGCUGAGAAUAUAACUAUUUCACCAGAAAUGAGUGACCAAGUUUCAACUCCAAUAAGUCCAACACAGCUUUCUCCACAAGCACCACAAGGCUCCAAUUCAGUUGUCUCUCCAACAGCCCUUUCUGCCACCGCAUUGUCUCCAGUCGGCUCAACUGAUUCGUCAGUUCGUGGAUAUAUGUCAGAUGUUGGCUCAAGUGUUGGGGGUGGCCAAGCCAACCCAGCAAUUUUAAGUGAUUCCGUUGGGCCUAAUGUUGACAUAACAUCAAGUGUAGUAGAUGCGCAGCUCAUUUCAUACGAAGAACCAACUGCCUGGUGUUAUAUUUCCUAUUAUGAAAUGUCAACACGCGUCGGCGAGACUUUCCACGCCACCAAGCCGGUUCUCGCCGUUGACGGCUACACAAAUCCGUGCAGCGCCGACCGAUUCUGUCUUGGCCUCCUCUCCAACAUUAACCGAACCGAGACCAUUGAGUUAACACGACGUCAUAUUGGUAAGGGAAUGAGGCUGUACUAUUUUGGAGGCGAGGUUUACGCGGAGUGUCUUAGUGAUAGCAGCAUCUUCGUACAAAGCCCCAACUGCAACCGGCGGUACGGCUGGCAUCCCGCUACCGUCUGCAAAAUCCCGCCGAAUUGCAAUUUGAAGAUCUUCAACAACCAGGAGUUCGCUGCAUUGCUUGCUGAUAUGGUGCCACAGGGGUUCGAGGCAGUCUAUCAGCUUCGGCCUAUGUGUACCAUCAGGAUGAGUUUCGUUAAGGGGUGGGGGGCUGAGUACAGAAGACAAACAAUUACGUCGACCCCUUGUUGGGUUGAGAUUCAUCUUAAUGGACCACUGCAGUGGCUUGACAGAGUGCUCACCCAGAUGGGGGGUCCAAGUACAAAGAUAUCCUCGAGUACGUAAAUGUUGUAUCAAGUCCAUUUUAUCUUUAAGAGAUAUGACAUUUAGGAAUUAGGGUUGGGAACAAUGAGUCUUAGUUAUAAACGCGUGAUAAAGUGUUAUGCCUGCCCAAGGUAAUUACUGUAGCUUGUUUAUUGUCAUCAUUGUCACGACCUCUAGAAAUAUUUUUAUCGCAGUGUAAAAAGAACUUGUUGGAAUAUUUAUCCAACAUUUAAGUGCAGUUAUUGCGAUAAUGGUGACGUCAUAUGUUUAAUACUCAGGUACACCAGUUGCCGAAUCCCUGUUUUCCUUUGCGCAACCGAUCUCGAAUAUAGUAUGAAAAUGUCCUUAGUGCCACUAUGGGCUUGCCCCAUGCUCACUUCCCCAUGUGCUGUCCCCCCUCGGUACUUCCUAUGAGCCUGCCCCAUAUUCUCUCCCCAAUACACAUUCCAAAUAUGCCCUGCUCCAUUUCCUUUCCCCCAUUUCCUCUCCCUAUUUCCUCUCCCCCAUUUCCUGUCCCCCAUAUUCCCUCCGCCAUAUCCUCUCCCCCAUAUUGUCUCUCCAUAUCCUCUUCCUAAUGCGCCCUCCAAAUGUGCCUGCUCUUAGAUACCCUCCAACAUUUACCCUCUUACCCCAUGAAUCCUUCUCCGUGUUCCCUUUCUGCAUGUAUAUUCCCUAUGUACCCCCGUUUCAUUACCCCUCGAAAUAUAUUCACCCCAGACAGCUAGCUUUGCAAAUCUGUUUUGUUCUUUAGGCCUUUGUUGGUUUUUACUUUUAGCAAUCGUGUAAAUAGCAUUUUCCUCAGUUCUUCUUUAUCUUGUUGCUUUUAACUUUUCCAGGUAACUCAAAGCAAACUGCAACUUCA